AUGGCCGCCGCAUCCCAACCCCAGGACCGCCCGGAAAGCGACGUGGACGAGGAAUUCAUCGACUACGAAAGCGAGCCCGAGCCCUCGCCCGCCAGCCAGCAUAACCCCGCCGUCCCAGCGCUCUUCACCACGCCGCCGGCCGUCCGCGACGCCCUCCCAACCGCCACCUCCAAGCUCCAGGACGACACCCUCCGCCAGUGCCUGCCCUUCCUCGCCGCCGACCCGGGCAGCACCGCCGCCAACCCCGCGCGCAACGCGCACGGCGUGCCCGCCCUGCUGCGCGACAACCACGUCAAGUUCCUCGAGAAGCAGCUCGGCCGCUUCCCGGCGCCCUACGUCGCCGCCGACGCCAGCCGGCCGUGGUUCCUGUACUGGUCGCUCAACGCGCUCGCGCUGCUGGGCUACGACACGGCCGUCUACCGCGACGACCUGAUCGCCACGGUGCGCACGAUGCAGAACCUGCCCGGGGGCGGCUUCGGCGGCGGCCACGGGCAGAACUCGCACCUCGCGACGACGUAUGCCGUCGUCCUCGCGCUGGCGAUUGUCGGCGGCGAGGACGCGUACGAGGUUAUCGACAGGAGGGCGAUGUGGCGGUGGAUCUGCUCGUUGAAGCAGCGGGAUGGGGGCAUUCAGAUGACGUUGGGCGGCGAGGUGGACGAGCCGUUCAGGGGAGCAUACUGCGCCGCCGUCAUAGUGACCCUCCUCAACCUCCCACUCGAACUCUCUACCGACUCGCCGGCCUGGACGCCUGAGCGGCCCACGCUCUUCACCGGAUUGGCGGAUUAUUAUGCCCCGGAGGGUGGCUUCAGUGGGCGCACGAACAAGCUGGUCGAUGGCUGCUAUAGCCACUGGGUCGGUGGGUGCUGGCCGCUGAUCGAUGCCGUGCUGAAGGGCGCGAGUGAGCUCGAGGAGGAAGAGACAGCGGCUGCGGAUCAGCAGCAGAAGCAGCAGCAGUCGCGGACAACCCCCGUGGAAGGCAGUCUGUACAGUCGUGAAGGGCUGAUCCGAUACAUCCUGUGCUGCGGGCAGGACUGUAGCAAACGUGGCGGUCUCCGUGACAAGCCGAGCAAGCCGUCGGACGCAUAUCACACCUGCUAUGUGCUAUCUGGACUGAGCUCGGCCCAGCAUCGGUGGGACCUCACAUAUGUCAAUGAAGACGAGACGAUUCUGCCAGAGCCCAAGUGGGUGGUGUCGCCUUGCGCCGAGGGAGCACAGAUUUUCGACGAGGAGGACCGCGUCGGGACGAUCCACCCCGUCUACACCAUUCCUCAGGAGAGCGUCGACGACAUGAAGGCGUAUUUUGCGGCAAGGCAGGGAUUCUAG